AGCCUCUAUGGAGAAAAUUAACUCCAUCCCAGCCAAAGUCAUGAUCCAGCACUUUAAAACACUUCAGUAACCUUAUGUAAAAGGCUCUACAGCUUUAACCUUGCUAUUUUACAGCUCUAAGGAGUAUCAGUUAAGGACAGAUUAGCUUCUGAAAUGCACACGGGUUAUGUGGUCAUUCAUUAUUCAGUUUCUUUGAGAAAUACCUAGAAAAUGCAGAAGCUCAGUAUCAGGCAGGAAUUAUUACGUAAGUGCUUGUGGAUCUUAACCAUAAUUAUGCAAAUGCUUUACAGGAACAAAGAAAAUUCAUCACCCUUAGAAUCAAAUCAAAUACAAGGUAAAGAUAAACUGAAAAAGAGGAAGAUAGCUGAAACCUCUAAUGUUAUAACAGAAACGCUGCCAUCUGCAGAAUCGGAGCCUAUUGAAAUUGAGGUUGAGAUUGCUGAAGGGACGAUUGAAAUGGAAGAUGAUAGCAUCGAGACGCUUGAAGAAGUAGCUUCUGCAGAGCAAUCCAUAAAGUACGUACAGACAACGGGUACAUCAGAUGAAUCUGCUUUGGCUCUUUUAGCAGAUAUUACCAGCAAGUAUCGUCAGGGAGAACGAAAAUGCCAGAUCCAAGAAGAAGGUGACAGUGCAACCUUAUGCAAACAGGUAGAAGGUAUUGAAAUUGUGGAACUUCAGCUAUCACACAUGAACAAUUUAUUCCAUUGUGAGAAAUGUAACCGUUCAUUUAAAUUGUUUUACCAUUUUAAGGAACACAUGAAAACACACUCUACUGAGAGUUACAAGUGUGACAUAUGCAAUAAAAGGUACCUACGAGAGAGUGCUUUGAAACAGCACCUCACCUGUUACCACGUUGUUGAAGGUGGUGCCAGCAAGAAGCAAAGACCUGGCAAAAAAAUACAUAUAUGCCAGUACUGUGCAAAACAGUUUGACCACUUUGGACAUUUUAAAGAGCACCUCCGGAAGCACACAGGUAAGAGUACUACUAUAGGUACAUACAUGUGGCUUUGACUCUAGCACUUUGGAUUUCUGCAUGUUUUGGGGAAGUAGAGAAUAUGCUGAAGAGAACACUCAAGUCCCAAGUGCUAGAAAUGAAAUACUUGGCUUCUAGUUACAACUAAAGUCAUAAAAUCUUGUUGUUGAUUCUAUGCUGAUUUCCCAUUGAUAUAAACUGUGAGGAAUCGAGUUUUUUUUUAAGUGGUUAAAAAUAGGCACCUAAAACCAGAAAAUCCUAAUGAAGCUUCUCUCAAGUGUGUUAAACUUUUUUCUAAAAAAAAAUACUUCGUAAGGCAUGUUUACUUCUUCAGAAGUGGCAAACUGAGUAGCUACUUUUAUUUUCACAACUGUGAUUUUGUUAGGGUGAAAUACCACCCCAUCCUUGCUCUUGACAUCUCAUCUCAUUAUUUGAUUUUGUUUGUUAACUAACACAGCAAAGUAUUUCUGUUGACUAUAGUAGACUUUUGUUAUCCGGUUUUCAUAAAGGCAGAUUUUACAGUAGCAUCUUCUGAGUACAAAAUUGCUCGUGCUCCUUUCUUAUAAUAUGGGAGGUUAACAUGCUACUUCAUCUCAUUGAAAAGUCUUUACUGUCUGUACAGAUACUGAGUGUUAUCUAUAUAACUCUUUGAAUGUAAAAUAUAUGGUCCUGAUCCUUCCAUAUGCUUUUGUUUAAUGUUGGUCAUGAGUCAUCAGUAAGAAUUUAAUGGAGGGUAGCAGCCCUCUUCUUUCUCAGCUUGUUGUUGUUAAAGUCUUUUAUUUGAAUUUCUUUGCAUCUGUGUAUGGGACUCCUGAUUAUUGAUACAUGACACUGUAUCCAGUCUAAUCCUAGUAGCCCCUUAAAAGUUGCAUUUGUAAAAAGUCUUUGGCAAAUCCUUAUUCCUUAUAAAGUAGGAAGUGUUUCUUCAGUGUAGCUAAGCCAACUACGAGCUAUGUAAUGAAAAUAUUUUCAGAGAAAAAUUUAUGGCAGAUUAACAGAGUAAACCAAAUAUCACCAUAUGGUGGUGGUUGUUUGUUGUGACAAAGAACUUUGGGGGCCAAGCAACUUAGCAUAUCACAGACGAUGCAUAGUACUUUAUCAAUAUUUAUUGAUACAAGUAUAACACAUGGAAUGUCAUUACUUUUGAUUUAGCAUUUUGAAAGCCUUAAGCUUAAAAUCAGACCUGAUACUACCAUUUCACUGUGGUCUCCUGAGAUCAGUGGAAAAACUCCCGUUGAGCCCAAAGGCUUUCUAAACUCUGAUUUCUGUAUAGCAUUGGUUGAAUACUAAAAUGAAAAAUGAAGAGUCCAAGAAGAAAGCUUCCUACAAACUAUCUCAUCCUAUUGCUGUUUAAUCACAACACCAGCAAUAACAUUCAAGUAGCAAGUGCAGAAGAAAUAGACACCUUAUUAAUUUUGGUAAUUCUUUUUGAUGUAGGAAUUUGAUAUCAGCAAAAGCUGUUCUCUUGUUUCAAUAAAAUAAAUUAGGAAGGGUAACCUUGGAGCUUCUUUCUCGCACACUUAUACAGUGCCUUAAGAAUCCUCUGAAUCUCUUAAACUUAA